AAAAAAAACAAUAAACAAUUGCCGUAGCCAUGGAUAUUGCUACUAGCAGCAGGCCAGCGCGAGAAUGAACAACGUGUCGCCGAAGAAUAUUUAUCCAGUUUAUCGGAUUUAAAUUGCAACAGUAAACCCUUAAUCAAUAUGCUGACCAUGUUGGCUGAGGAAAAUAUUGAAUAUGCUGCCGUCAUCGUUAAAGUCGUUGAAGAUCAUAUAGCCAAGGUUCCUUCUGAAAUUAAAUUGCCAAUAUUGUAUUUAAUUGAUUCUAUUGUAAAAAAUGUUAAAAGCACUUAUGUGCAACUCUUCAGCCAAUGUAUUGUCAAUAUAUUUUGUGGAGCCUUUGAAAAGGUUAAUGAAAAAAUCCGGGAACGCAUGUAUGCUUUACGGCAAACCUGGAAUGAGGUAUUCUCGGCACAAAGAUUAUAUGCUUUAGAUGUUAAAGUUAAACGUUUGGAUCACAAUUGGCCCAUAACCGCCAAACAACCAUCAAUACAUGUUAAUCCAAAUUUUCUAAAGGCUAAUAAUGCCCAGGCUAUACCCACAGAAAUGGAGAAAAUUUUACAGGAUAAAACCAGAGAACUGUUGGAAUUGAAAAAACGUAAAUUAGAAUUGGAAUUGGAGGCCACUAAGAAACAUUUAGAGGAACAGGAAAAACAAUUCUCUAAGACAGCAGAAGGUGUUAUAGCACCAGUAGAGGCAUUAGUGGCGGCCAAUAGUUUACAGACUGUAGGCAUUAGGGGAGCAGCUAUGCCAACACAAAUGAUGCCUGGUCUUAUGGCACCCGGCUAUAUGGGGGGUCCUAGCAUAGCUGUUAAUCCAGCCAUGAGACCAGCCAUGUUUCAUGCUAAUAUAAGAGGUUUUCGACCUAAUCUACACCCCAACAUGAUGAAUAAUACAGCACAGGGAAUGCAGGGCGGUAAUAUGAUGCCAGCAGCUAUGAAUGCAGCAAAUCUUAACAAACCCAAGGUGCAUCCGGUCAAUUCAGCUUUGUUAAACUCGGUAAGACAAAGAGAUCCACGCCUGCAGCGCCAACAGCAACAACAGCAGCAGCAGCAGCAACAAAUGCAACAGCAGCAAAUGCAACAAAAUAAUGAAAGAUCUUUGGCGGCGCAACAGCAAAAUGUACGCUCCUCCCAUUUGGACAAAGAUAAACAUGAACGUAAUCACAAAAGUAGCCACAAGUCACCAACACGCAUUAACUCCAGCAGUCGUUCUUCGGGCAGCAGUAGCAGUCGUUCUAGUAAAAGUUCUCAACGUGAUAAAGAGCGAGAACGUGAUAGGGAACGUAAACGUAGUGAAUCAAAAAGUUCUACCACUUCAUCCUCAUCUUCUGGCUCGAAUGCAACUAAUAAUGAGCGUAAAAAAGGAUUUUCUAAAACAGACAAAACAACUUCAAAGUGUGAUAAAGAUGCCUUUGAGAUUGCUCCUUUGGCAACAGCAUUUAAACGCAAAUCUACAUCACCCACAUCGUCACCCACUAAAUCACGUGAUUCAAAACGUUCCAGUAGCCAUAAAACACGUAAUUUAUCACGCAGUAAAACAAGAUCACGUAGUCGUUCUCCUGAUGAUAAACCAACAACUCACGAACAACAUUUGGUGAUGUUGAUCUUAGACGUAAUUCUACUUCAUCAACAUCAUCUUCUAUGAUAAACUCACCAGAAAAACGACCAAAAAUAAUAGAUUCUGAUCAAGAAACUUGCAGCAAAAAUAAUAAAAAGGAAGAUUUAUUAAAAACAACAACAACAACAACAGUGGCCAAUAAUAACAACAACAACAAUAGCGAAAAAGAACUAGACAAAA